CCUUUACUAACAGCGUUUAGGUUUUCUGUUUGCUUCACUCGCUAAACUGUACGUCAAGCACUGUGUGAGACUGUGUGAUUUGUCCGUGAGUAUACGAUCUUUGGCUACACUGAACCUCGUCGCGCUUGAUUUAUACGUCAGUCCAGAUCAUUUGGGUUGUUUUCGACUCCGCACCAACAAUUAAAGUGUUCUUUUGUGUAUUUUUUGUGACGUAUACAUUUUUACAGUUUUGUGAAUUUAACUGGCUAAAAAAUGCACGGUUGCCUAGCUUUGUCGGUGUGGAAGAAAGUUAACGUCGCAUAAACUGACGUUGCCUUCUCAUGCAUGACAGACAAGCGCCAAAGUCAAAAUGCUACCGGAAAGCCUUUAAAUUCGAAGUUCUUUAUGAUGCUGAAUAAACUCAAACGGGACAAGAAAUGCAAAGACGUUUCGUGCCCCAGCAAGCAGCAGCCGAGAAGCGCCGACGGGAUAAAGGUCGAGUUAUCAGAGUCGAGCUGUUCCGACGACCAAACAGACGCAGCCUCGCUGGCAGCAAAGGUCACGUAUGGUUCAGACGUCGCUGCAGCAGGAAUCCCCGCUAGAAAAGUUAGACCACAAAAGGAACGGAUGAAGACUUUUUGUGCAAAAGACAUAAAAAUUGCACCUAUUUUCUUGCAAACAGCACAACACAAACACAAGAGUAAACGGAUCAGUGAUGGGAAGCUGGAUCAGCCUGCAGAGAGGGUGCAGAAACCAGUGCUCCCUCCACUGUGUGAGGAUGUGCAACAGCUGAAAAGUCAACAGCAAGUACCAACAGUUUUUCACCUACUCGAGAGAAAGGGGUCCUGGAGAGGACAGUUGUCACCGUCAACUCUGUGCAGCUGUCUGGAGAGCAUCCAAACAUCCAACCCUGCAUUUCCCGUCCGAGCAGUGUUCAGCACUUUGCAGAGGAAAGCGAGUCUGCAGGAUGCAGCAGAAAACUUCCUGAAUCUGAACUCCCCACAGAAGCACUUAAAAGAGAAGAGGAAACGGGAAAAUGAAAGCUCUGACAGGGAGCCCAAACGUCUGAAGUCUGCUGUCAUUACGGAGGGUGCUGUUGGUAUGGGUCACUGCCACACGUCAGCACAGGGUGUCCAGGAUCCUGGUAUUGUUGUGAUGGCCAGCAGGCAGCCCAGAAUCAGCAAGCUAAGUCGCACUCGCAGGCUGAGGGAGCAAAGCAGCAGCUCAGCAGUCCUGGUCUACGACUGUGACUUGAUGAGUGGCACACGGGACUCCAGCCAGUCGCUCAAAACUUCUGAUGUUCUCCAAAGGGAUUCCAGUUUUGAGGAUGUUCUCUGGACAGACAAAUACAGUCCUCAGCAUUCAAGUGAAGUCAUUGGCAACUCUGCCUGUGUGAAUAAACUGCAAAGCUGGUUGAAGAAAUGGAAACUAAGAGCCAUCUGUGACGAGAGGAGAAGAGUGGAGGAAAGGAAACGAGAAGAAAACAGCAAUGACUCCUGGGACUGUGGAGACUUCCAGGGUGAGGCUGGGGUGGAGGACGCCAAAGAGGAGCCGCUGUGUAACACCAUGCUGAUUACAGGACCUCCAGGAGUGGGCAAGACCGCCUCGGUGUAUGCCUGUUCUCAAGAGCUUGGCUUCAAGGUAUUUGAGGUGAACUGCUCCUCACAGCGCAGUGGCUGCCAUGUUCUGUCCCAGCUGAAAGAGGCUACCCAGUCCCACCUAGUGGAGAUGUCAGGGAAGGACGCACUGAAACCAGCUUACUUUAACAACUACAGCUCUGUAUCUAAAUCUGGAAAAACAGUGCCACUGAAAAAUGUCCCCUCAACCUCCAAAAAGAGAGCAGCACAGAACUUUGGCCGCUCCAGUCACAGAGGAAAAACUAAUCCAGCCACAGUCACUUUGGCCAAAUACUUUAAGAUGAAGGCCAAAGCAGAUCACUUACACUUGGGUGAAAAACCAGACAGCAAGACAUUGGGCAGCCAAUCGCCAGGCCCUGAUCAAACAGAGCCGCAGGACAAAAAAACAGCCACUUCUCUUAUUCUGUUUGAAGAGGUUGAUGUCAUAUUUGAUGAUGAUGUUGGUUUCCUCGCAGCCAUCAAGACGUUCAUGACAACCACUAAAAGGCCAGUUGUUCUGACCACUAACGAUACCACAUUCAGAAAGAGAUUCAACUGCAGCUUGGAGGAAAUUAUUUUCAAAACCCCGUCAGCGGUGAACGUCUGCAGCUACCUGCAGCUGGUGGCUUUGGCUGAGAAUGCGCGGCUGGAGUUGGACGACGUUAGCAGCCUCCUCAGGUUGUCCGGAGGUGACGUCAGACGCUGCCUGCUGCAGCUGCAGCUCUGGGUGCAAAGCGGUGGAGGGCGAGCAUCUGAGAGUGGAGGCUUGCAUCAGGAACUGACUUGUGUACAGGACUUGAGUGUUACUGAAAGAGGAGACAAUGCAGACUCCCGACUUCCUCAGUGUGACACAGGCUGCACUGUGAACAUGCUGGGACUCUACUCUGUGACCAAAAACCAGCUGCUAAACCUUCUAAAGUGUCAGUCCUGGUCUGAAGUGGACAUCAAGCUCCUGAGGCUCCUCGCUGAGAGCUGGAGAGGAGGUGUGCCUCUUCUGUACUCCAACCUGGAGCUCCUUCUACCCAUUGCAGCCAAGGGAACUUCAGUCCACUUCCAGACAGCCUGUGAUCUUCACAUCCAGCACCUGGAUGGAUACGUCACUCUGAAGGCCACAGCCACCGACUGCAAAUCUGUUAGGAAUAUCUCCAGGCUUAGCAGAAGGAAAUCUGUCACAACUAUGUUUGAAACCACAUCAUCUUCCAGUUUGGCACAAACUCCUAAAAAAACGUCUUCAUCAUCAAACAGGGCUCAUUCAAGAGCUCUGAGUUGGAGACACAAGACACAACAAAACACAGCCAAAGUGGCAACCGACUGUUUGGACGCUUUGGCCGAUUUCUUUGACCUCAUGUCAUACCUUGAUGCCACGAUGCUGGCUGUUUCGGGCUCAUGCAGACCUGAGGCGUUUGUCUGGACAGGAGCUGAGGUAAAGGAUGGCUUGUUGGAUGAGAUGAGGGAGGACCACAAGGCCAGCAGUUUGAGCCAAGAGACUCUUUUGGAUAUUCAGGCUGCUGUUGAGGGCUUGGGGUGUCGCAGGUGUCUGCUGAGAGUGUCUGAUGUGUGGACUGCAGCCCAAAAAUACAGACAGGAACUGGGAGACACAAAGUGGAGGAAGCUGGUGGAGGGACUGAAGUUACCUCCUGCCUCUUCCCAAAGACAGAGCCUCAGUUUUAGUUUUCCACCUCCGUGUGCACCACGUGUGUCCCAAAGGAGGUACGAGCUGAGCAGGACAGUGCUGGGCAGUAAUUCCUUCGGCCUGCUGGGAAACAGGAAAGCCGUCAGCGUCGACUACAUGCCGGUCCUCCGCUACAUCUGUCGCUUUCAGAGAGCACAACGAAAGAAAGAGGAGCCACUCAGGUGUCUGAACUACCUCAGCAGCCUAAAUCUGGGUCUGUCAAAGUCAACCAUUCAACUCCUUGCAGAAGAUUUCUUGUAGAGAAAAGUCUGGAAAAAUACUGUAACAUGUCAUAUCCUUAUUACAUCACCUUACUGCGGUC